ACAGAUGUUUAUUUUCAAUAUAAAAAUAUUAAUCUAUUAACUUAAUGGAUUUUGUGUUACAAAACAUUAAAAAAUUAAAUACUAUUUUAUACUAAGCUAUGUUAUAGAUGUAAAAUGUCUGUAGAAGUCGGUGAAACUCAAAUCCAUAUUGAAAAUAUUGACGUCGACAUAGGCAAAGAAAAUGGUUCAUUGUGCGAAAUAACCAGCGAUUCCGGGGUAGACACUGUUGAUUCCUGUUCUGGUGUCUUCGGAGCAUCGUCUGACUCAGAAACUUCACCUGUCAAACACAUUGAGGAUAUUCUACACGACAAUAACAAGGAAUUAGAGUCCACAAAUCCAGAAAAUGAAAGUUGUCCAUCAUUAUCAUUUCCAGUUACAAUUUCUCCGACCGAUAGUGAAAUUACCGACGUAAUGAGCCUUGAUGAGUCGCCGAUCCAUGAAAACGGCGAUACUGAAGCGCUGUCAACAGAGAACAUCAGUAAUAAGGUUCUUAAAAAGAGUAUGCAUGUAAAUACUUCCUCUGUUCCUCUUGAUAAAUACGUGAACGGUAAUUUAAAUAUAAAUGCAUUGGCCACUUCUUCGUCCAGUUUAGAUGAACAAAACACAGUCUUGAAUUCCACAAUCUGUAAAUCUCCUCUUAGUAAGAGUGCUGAAAAUAUAUCUGUUGAACAUAACAAUAAUGCAAAUGAUUUGAAUGCAGAAAAGAUAUUAGCUGAAUUCACAAACAAAAAGACUAAAGUUGGAGCUGUACAAAAGAUACCGGAAGCACAGAUAAAUCAAAACAUAGAUGUUAGAUAUACGAGAAUACCAAAAGAAAUACUAUCUCAAGAUCUUGGUAGUAUUGUUAAAAAUGUACAUGGUAUAUUUUCAUCGGUGAGUGGAAGUCUCAAAAGUGCAUACAAUAGUACUCAUCGUGUUGCUGCAUCAAAACCUCCAGCAAAAACUAUGAAAGUUGUACCAAAUGGUAAGGUUAUUAAUGAAAUUUUCGAAGAUAAUACACCUGAAGAGACUCCUUAUGAGAAUGGAGCUGAUAAAUCAAAUGAAAAUGUAGAUUUAGCAACAAAUUUAGCUAGUAUGAAUGAGAUAGUUGAGAAUACCACAAUUGCUGAUGGUGUUACGAAGGAAGAGAUGUUGAGGUUACAAGUGGAGUCAUUGGAGAGAGUACUAGGAGAGCAGAGAAAAGAAAAUGCAUCACUAAGGGAGAAGCUCAAACACCAAUUGGAUGAAUUACAGGAGAAAGAUCAGAUGUUUAAAGACUUUGAGAAUAAAGUAGAUUUGAUGACAAAACGCGUAGACCAAGCAGAACGUGAGAAGGACGCGGCAGUUAUGCGUUACGCCAGCGUCGAGUGCACGGCGAUAGAGGCGAAGCGAGCGGCCGAAAAAGCGGCGCAAGCUGAGCGAGCCGCCGCCAAUGAAGUGGAAUUACUAAAUGGGAAGCUGAAGUCUGCACAUGGGGAGAAGCAGAGAAUCUGUCAACUGUAUGAUGACAAGUGCCAUGAAUUAGCAACGAGUGAACGGGAGGUGGCGAAAAUCCGCGAGGAAUUGCGCGAGUUGGAGGGUAGACUGAAAUGGACGCAGAGCAAACUACGCAUCGAAAUGGAUGCCUACAAGGAAAGUACGGAGCGUGUUGAUAAGCUCACCCAGCAAGUGAGCGAACUGGAGGCUGCCAAGGAAUCCGCCAUCGCAAAUGCCUCAGACUCACUCCGGGCUAAGCAAUUGGAGGCCGAAUUAAAAGAGAGUCAGGCAGCGCUUAUCAUGUGUCGACACGACAAAGAAGAGUUGGAUCGCCGACUGUCGACUGUCUCGCAACAGUUCGAAGUAUGCAAGCGGGAGCGAGAUAGCGCCAGCAGCGCACUCGCUCUAUCAACUACUGAGGUGGAACAACUGAAGGCAAGCAACCUCCGGCUGGAGGAGGAAGCGGCGGAGCUGGCGGCGCUGCGGGCGCAGGCAGCACUCGCUGACACUCUUAGCGCACAGCUGCAAAGGGAAACGGAGCGGGCGAUACAGGCGGAGGAGGAGCGGGCCAAGUGUGCGGCCGCGGCCGAGACCUGCAGCCGGCGCGAGGCCGCCGCCCUCCACCACGCGGCCGCCCUCACCGCCGACCACGUGCGCCGCGAGGCCCACGCGCACCAGCAGCGAGACAAGGUGGCGGCCCUGACUGCGGACAACAGCUCGCUGCGGUCGCAGGCGGCGGAGCUGGAGGCCGAGGGGGCUCGGCUGCGGGCCGCGCUCGCGGACGAGGCCGCCAGGAGGCACCAGGAGAACAGGGUCCUCGCCAGGAAGGUAGCCGAGCUGACAGAGGAAGUUGCGGACGUAAACAAGAGACUGGAGUGGGAGAAAGGAGAAAACGGAGUGAUAAAGAAGAAACACGCCAGUGCCAUUAAGGAAUUGAACCGCGAGCUACAACGCGCUCUGAAGCGCUGCGAGCAACUGGAAGCGAAGUUACCACCGCCCGACGCACCCUCUACACGAACAGGUUCUGUUACAUCAUUGAGUAGCGGCGAGAGUGCGCCUCCCAGUACUGACGACCGCCUACAGGAGCCACAGGCAGACGCAAUGCCUGAUAUACAGGUCCGUGAGCCAGACAGACAGACGCUGAUCGAGCGGAUCGUGUCGCUGCAGCGAGCGGCUGCGAGGCGAGCCGAGCGCUGCGAGUUCCUGGAGGAGCACUCGCGCCAGUUGACGGGCGAGUUGCGCGGCAAGUCGCGCCUGCUGCGACAUCUACUGGCGGCGCUGCCGGCCGGGGCGGUCACCUCCCACCGCAGCGAUGUCAACAAGAAGGAAAUAGCGAAAUUGGGCGGCGGAGCUAUGGCGGCCGUUUGGGGAGGGGCAGCCGAUGGCAUGACAUUGGAACUGUCUCUAGAGAUGAACAGGCGACUGCAGGCCGUCCUCGAGGAUACUCUGCUCAAGAACAUCACACUCAAGGAGAAUAUGGACACACUGGGCGCAGAGAUUUCAAGAUUAAAAGAACAGAAAAACAAUCCGGAAACCAAAUAGAAUUAUGUUCAUGUAAAUAAAUAUUUAUUUAUAAAUACAAUGGUCACAAAAAAAUGAUAGAUUUAUAAGCUCUAACGAAAUAGUGCCCGAAAUUUUUAGAGUUGAAAUAGUAGGUGACAACGGUGUCAUAUGUAAGUUGAUUUACGUUUUUGCAUUUUAAAAGUAAAUUAUAUUAAUGAUAUGUCAGCGAUUAUUGGUAACAUCAACAUAAAAACAUAUUUGCAUUUACAGUAAGCCAACUGAAAGACUUUUUUGCAUUUACAGUUAAACCAACUUAUAGAUUGUUUUGCAUUUACAGUUACUUCAACUUAAAAACGUUUUAGCGUUUACAAGUAAAUCAAUUUAAAUACAUUUGUUAUACACACAUUAUUUUUUUUACACGCAAACGUAUUCUUGUUAUAUCACAAGACUUCUAUGGUAUUUUGGUAUUAUUGCCUUUUUAUCUAAUGAACAAAAGAGCGUAUGAUUUGUCAUAUAGUUCGCACAGAACGUCUUUGGCAGCGCUCUUCCGUACUAUUUAGUUCGGGAACUAUAUAUGACUACUAGCUGU